UUCCCUCCCUGCAUCUCCUUCGCUUGUCUUCCUCCCAUCACCACAGACAUUUCACACACGCAAUCCUUGGGGAACAGCAGUUAUGGACCUGAAAGAGUUUUGCCUGAGUGAGAACUUCCAGUUUCUAAACCAGCACAAUCUUUUGGAUCCGGCCUCUGAUGACCCUCCGUCCCCGACCGAUGCGCCGGUCAAAGCCGACCCGCUGAGCCCCUCGUUCGGCCUGGACAGCAGCGCGACCCCGUUCAGCCCCGGCAGCACGUCGGACAGCAGCGGGUACAGUGUUUUCUCCGGGAACCCCUCUCUGAACCCCGACUCCCCCGUCAGCUCCAGCUCCAUCUCAAGCAGCAGCGCUCCGGCUCUCUUCCACCCCGUCGGUCACACAGAGUCCCUGCUUAGCUGCGACUACAUCCCGUCACUGAACCCCGGGCCCAAGCGCCUGUGUCUGGUGUGCGGAGACUUCGCGUCCGGUUACCACUACGGCGUCGCGUCGUGUGAGGCGUGCAAGGCCUUCUUCAAAAGAACCAUUCAAGGAAACAUCGAGUACAGCUGUCCGGUGGUGAAUGACUGUGAGAUCACUAAGAGACGGAGGAAAUCAUGCCAAGCAUGUCGUUUCCAGAAGUGCCUGCGUGCCGGCAUGAUGAGAGAGGGUGUGCGUAUGGACCGCGUGAGAGGAGGCCGGCAGAAGUACAAGCGCAGAGUGGAUUCAUCGCUUUCUCUCUUCACCAAAACACCUUACGCUCAUCCCAGCAAACCAAUCCGAAACAAAGUGAUCUCUCAGCUUCUCGUAUCUGAACCGGCUCCUCUGAGAGCCACUCCGGACCCCACGGCCCCUGACAGUGACCUUAAAACGCUGCUGACCUUAUGUGACCUUUUAAACAGGGAGCUGCUGGUUAUGAUUGGCUGGGCAAAACACAUACCAGGUUUCACUGGCCUCUCGCUGGUGGAUCAGAUGGCGUUGCUCCAGAGCGGCUGGAUGGAGACGCUGGUGUUGGACGUGGUUUGGCGAUCUCAGGGUUCGGCUGACGAGCUUCAGUUUGCGGAGAACCUGCGAAUGAAUGAAAGUCAGAGCAGAGCCGCAGGACUGCAUGAUCUCUACACGGCACUGAGACAUUUGACCUCCAAAUACCAGCAGAUGGGCCUGAACCAGGAGGAGGUGGUCACUCUCAAAGCCAUGGCUCUGGCCAACUCAGACGCAGAGAACUUGGAGGGUGCAGAGGCCGUGCAGCGCUUCCAGGACGGGCUCCACGAGGCCCUGCAGGACUACGAGAGCAGCCAGCGUCCGUCCGAACCUCACCGCGCGGGACGGCUGCUCAUGACGCUCCCGCUGCUGCGUCAGACGGCACACAGAGCCGUGCGCUGCUUCAGCCGGCUGCACACGGACGGACGCGUGCCCAUGCACAAACUCUUCCUGGAGAUGCUGGACGCAAAGAUCUAAAGCAGGACACUCUGGACUGAGGGACGGGACUGGGAUGUUAUAAUAGAGCAGCUCAAUUUUCAAUUGGAAAUCAGGGUAACGUCCACUGUGACACUUAAUGCAGCUAAACCAAUCUGGCAGCUAAACUGCACUUGAUGACGAGAGUUUAAUAUCACUCUCUGUCUCACUGAAGCACAGUCUUUUACUAUUUGAUUUAUAUUGAAUUCAAAGAGAUUAUCAUUUGAUAUGGUGUUGGCAAUAGUUAGAUGCAUUUUUCGUAGUUUUACAUGACGUAACAAUGUUUUUCAUGUUUGUCAAGUCUAGAUUUGGGAAUUUGGUUAAUACUGAAAAGCAGUUCCGACAAUCAGCAUCAUAAACGGCAACACAAAUAGUCUACAGUACAUUGUCAAGCUAUGAAGCAAUAUGCCUUUCUAUUUAUUGUUUAAUUUAUUACAAAUGCCAUCUAUCUGCUGUUAUUUAUAUGAUAAUAAAUUAUUUUUUUGGAA